AUGGCAACAAACGGAGCGUGCGAGGCGCCGGCAAAAGCCGAGAGAGGUCUCUUUGGGAACUUCGUCAUUGCAGCGGCGGCUACGUCCUUGGCAACUAUCGGGUCCAAUCCCAUGGAAGUCGUCAAGACGCGCAUGCAACUUCAGGGUGAGCUCGCGGCGAGAGGCGCACCCAUCGUCUACCGCAACUCGUUCCAUGCGUUUUACACGAUUUGUCGACUGGAAGGUAUUGCUGGCAUCCAACGAGGACUUGUCGCUGGCAUGUUCUACCAGAGCUUUAUGAACGGCGCUCGAUUGGGCUUCUUCGAACAGCUCCAACAAGUGUAUGGAGCGACAGAUCCCAACCAUUAUUCGUUUCCAUUGCGCAACAUGGCGGCAGGCGCAACGUCUGGCGCGCUCGGCGCCAUAAUGGGCAGUCCAUUCUUUCUUGUCAAAGCGCGCCUUCAAGCGCAAAGUAGUGCCGUGUCUGCUAUCAACGCCCAAUACCACUACAAGGGCACGCUGGAUGCAAUUCGACAAAUCAUCGCCAAGGAUGGUGUGUUGGGACUGUAUCGAGGGGUUAAUGGAGCUGUCCCGCGUGUAGCCGUGGGCUCCGCUGCCCAGUUGUCGACAUACGCUUCGUCCAAGCACUUGGUGCUGUCGACAGGAUUGCUGGAAGAUGGGAUUCUAUGCCACUUGGCUGCUAGUUUGGUCACGGGGCUGGCUGUCACCACGGCCAUGAACCCGUUUGAUGUGGUCAGCACGCGACUGUACAGUCAAAAGGUGGUCAACGGGCAAGGCGUGCUGUACUCUGGAGUAAUCGACUGCUUCAAGAAGACAUUUGGAGCUGAAGGCGUUCGGGGACUGUUCAAGGGCUGGUCUGCGCACUACAUGCGCCUGGGCCCUCACACAAUCUUCACCUUUGUCUUUUGGGAGCAGGCCAAAAAGUUAGCUGCCUCGCUCGGAUACUAG